AUGAACACCGUGACGCCGUCUCAGAGUCAGACACACUCCGUCACGACUGUCCUCGUACUAUCUAAUCUUCACUGCGACAGUUGUGUAAGGACAAUUAAUGAAGUACUCUUCUCCCUCUCACCCCCUCCAACGAGGGUAGACAUAUCCAUCGUCCACCAAUCAGUGACAAUUUGCCAUGCCUUUACAAUACUCAGGCACACCAUACAAUCCAUGCUCGAAGAUGCCGGGUUUGAUGGAUUAGAGAAAGACCCAGAAUCGGGCCCAACACCAUUGCGUAAAGUUGACGUGCCGCAUCUCGUCACCCUGUCCGUAGGUGGCAUGACAUGCUCCGCAUGUCCAAGUACCAUUACCGAAGUGGUCUCGCAACUCCCAGGGGUCUCCAAAGUGAUCGUUAGCCUGCUCAACCAUUCCGCUACGGUUGUUGUUGCUCGAAAGGACCUUGUUAGUUCCGUGACCGACACAAUCGACGACUGCGGCUACCAAGUCGACGUCAUCAAGGUCGAACCACUCACCUCAACAUCAAAAAGUGAAACGGGUCCUCGGAGUUUAUCUCUUCGUAUCGAUGGUAUGUAUUGCCAAAACUGUCCAGCAAAGAUUAUGACUGCCUUGCAAAGGCUCCAGCCAGACGUUACCAUUAUCAAACCAUUAUCAAACCAAUUGGACCCCAUAAUGGAAGUAUCAUACAAACCAUCGCCUCCAGACUUCACCAUCCGCUCUAUCAUCUCAGUCAUCGUAUCUGUGGAGCCGGCAUUAUACACUGCAUCGAUUCAUUGUCCACCUACGCUCGAAGAGCUCACGCGCAGCAUGCAGCAGCGUGAGCAACGAGCCUUGCUUCUGCGCCUGUUUUUCACAUUUAUUAUUGCGAUACCCACGCUCAUCAUUGGCGUGGUUUUCAUGAGUCUCAUUCCCGGGGGCAGUCCGACGAGGCAAUACCUGAUGGAGCCCAUGUGGAAAGGAAAUGCGUCUCGGAUUGAGUGGGCGCUUUUCUUUCUCGCGACCCCAGUAUACUUUUAUGGUGCUGGCUUAUUUCAUCGUCGGAGUAUCAAAGAAAUCAGAUCUUUAUGGAGGAAAGGUAGCAAGUUUCCCAUCGUCAAGCGUUUUACUAGAUUUGGGAGUAUGAACCUUCUGGUAUCUACCGGAGUAUCUGUGGCUUACUUUUCGUCGAUCGCGCUUCUUAUUCUUGCAGUCAUACAACCACCUGCGAGCAGCGGUACAGCACAAGAUACCACGUAUUUUGACGCCGUCGUGUUCCUGACCAUGUUUUUACUUGUUGGCCGUUACCUUGACGCUUAUGGUAAAGCGAGGACUGCUGACGCAAUUACUGCCCUCAGCUCGCUCCGUCCUGCCGAAGCUCUUCUCCUGACCUCUGGUUCUGGUUCUGGUUCCACGACCCCCCCAAUCGUUUCCCGCAAUGAUCCCGAAAAAUGUGACGUGUUAUUUGAUAACGGUAGCUUUAUUGCAUCUCCCGGAUUCAAGUUCGAAAAGGUACCUGUUCACCUAUUGGAGGUUGGCGAUGUGGUACGUGUGCAAAAUGGUGCCACGCCGCCAUCAGAUGGUACAAUCGUGUCUGGGGCGCAGACGUUCUUUGACGAAAGCUCCGUGACGGGCGAGGCUAGACUCGUCAAGAAGAAUGUUGGGGACAAGGUUCUCCUCGGAACAAUCAACAGGUCUAGGGCAGUAGACGUUCGAGUGGACGCUAUUAGUGGUGUCACAAUGUUGGACCAGAUUGUGCAGAUCGUUCGCGAGGGCCAGACUCGCAAGGCACCAAUUGAGCGUAUUGUAGACCACAUCACGGGUGUAUUCGUCCCGGUUGUUACUUUGCUAGCGAUUGUUACGUGGUUGAUAUGGCUUGCCUUGGGUGUCAGCGGCGCCAUUCAAAAGAGCUAUCUGGAUAUCAGUGUGGGCGGAUGGAUCGUCUGGUCUCUCGAAUUUGCAAUCGCAGUAUUUGUCGUGGCGUGCCCUUGCGGCAUCGGCCUGGCAGCACCUACCGCGCUUCUCGUGGGAUCCGGCCUUGCAGCCAAACAUGGAAUCUUGGCCCGCGGAGGCGGCGAGGCUUUCCAAGACAUGGCCCAACUCGACGUCGUUGUGUUCGAUAAGACCGGAACGCUUACCGAAGGUGUCGAGCCCCGAGUGUCUGAUGCCGAGAUCCUGCUUUCAUCGGUGCCUGAGAAGAUGCUUCUCGGAAUUGCCGCAGAGUUAGAAUUCGCAUCUUCUCACCCGCUCGCGAACGCAAUUGGGCAGUAUGCGGGGAAGCAUGGUGCCGUGCCUGUUGCUGGCAGCGCGUUCGACGAAAUUGCUGGUAAAGGCGUCAAAGGGAAUUUCGAAGAAAUACGUCGCAAGGCGAUAGUAGGAAACGAAGCCCUGAUGCGAGACCACGAUGUACUGCUUUCUCCAGACGUUCUCCAAGUGCUCGAGAGGUGGAAAUCUGAGGCGAAGAGUAUCGUCCUCCUCGCUGUUACGGUUGCGAACUUUGACAAUAAAUUCGUCGUCGCAGCUAUAUUCGCUGUGUCGGAUCCCAUCAGGAAGGAAGCUGCUGGUGUCAUACGGCAUUUGCAGGAGCAGGGCAUUGGGACAUGGAUGCUAUCAGGGGACAACGAGACGACUGCAAAAGCAGUCGCGAAAUCGGUGGGGAUUCCUGAAAUGAAUGUCGUCGCUGGUGUCCUGCCCCAGCAAAAAGCAGAAAAGAUCGAGUGGCUGCAGCACAAUGGCACGAGACGUCCAUCUUCACGAUGGCAGCGUAUGCUACCCAGGUCAGCGUCAAAUCAGCGAUGUAUCGUCGCAAUGGUUGGGGAUGGUAUCAAUGACGCGCCCGCACUAGCAGCGAGUGACUUGGGGAUAGCCAUCGGAUCUGGAAGUGAUGUCGCGAUAUCUAGUGCUUCAUUCAUUCUUGUAUCUUCAAACCUGAAAAGUCUACUCAUUUUGAGCAAUCUCUCGACCAAAAUCCUCAAUCGUGUUAAAAUUAACUUUCUUUGGGCAAUUAUGUACAAUGUGAUUGCAGUCCCCAUCGCUGCUGGUGUCGUAUACCCUGCUGGACACACGCGUCUAGCUCCCGUAUGGGCUUCAUUGGCCAUGGCAUUAUCCUCUGUAUCUGUAGUUUGCUCCUCACUAGCACUGAAAUUGUACAAGGAGCCAAAGAUACAGCUUUAAAACAGUUCAAUUUCUUUUGGCAACAUUGUAGUCAAUCUGUUCUUCUGGUCUGUAUCAUUCAUGUCAUC